AUGGAACCAGAAGGUGAAGAAGGUGCGACUUCAUCUAAGUUCUCAUCAUCAUCAUCUGAUUCAGUUUGGGAUUUAAAUCCGGGUUUUUCUACAGGGCGUUCUGGGGAUGAAGUGCUAGGGUUUUGCCUGGAUGAUGAUUUAGAUCGGAUUCCGGCCAAUAAUUUUUCCGAUGAUGAUGAACAACAUUCUUUCCAAAACAACCCAGGUGAAAACCAAGGGUUUCCGUCUAAAGAAGCCUUGAAGAUUCCAUCAAAACAGAGUAUCUUGGAAUCUCCCAAUAUAAAGAGUCCUAGUAGUGUAGUGGUGAUCACAAAAGAUGUUAAAUCUCUUAGACAAAACCCUGGAUCUUAUAGCAAUCUUGAUGUUUUUACAUAUGAUGAGAUGCGAAUUGCUACUAAACUCUUUAGACCAGAUCAAGUUCUAGGUGAAGGUGGAUUUGGAGUUGUUUAUAAAGGACUUAUAGAUGAUAAUGUAAGAUCUGGUUAUUCUAAAACCCAAGUUGCAGUUAAAGAACUUGAUCCUGAAGGAAUUCAAGGUGAUAGAGAAUGGCUGGCUGAAGUGAAUUAUUUAGGACAACUACAACACCCAAAUCUUGUGAAGCUUAUUGGAUAUUGUUGUGAGGAAGAUCAUCGCCUAUUGGUGUAUGAAUAUAUGGCAUCUGGAAGCUUGGAGAAACACCUAUUUCGAAGAGUAUGUGCAACAUUGACAUGGUCAAGAAGAAUCAAGAUUGCUUUAGAUGCUGCAAAAGGGCUUGCUUUUCUCCAUGAUGCUGAAAGGCCAAUCAUCUAUCGCGAUUUCAAGACAUCAAAUAUCUUGUUGGAUGCUGACUUCAAUGCAAAAUUAUCUGAUUUUGGACUUGCAAAAGAUGGACCUAUGGGAGAUCAAACACAUGUAUCGACUCGAGUUAUGGGUACAUAUGGAUAUGCAGCUCCUGAAUAUGUCAUGACUGGGCAUUUGACAGCAAGAAGUGAUAUAUAUGGAUUUGGAGUGGUGCUUUUGGAGAUGCUGAUUGGUCGAAGAGCAAUGGACAAAAGUAGGCCAAGUCGUGAGCAUAAUUUGGUUGAAUGGGCUAGACCACUUUUAGUUCAUAAUAAGAAACUUGUGAGAAUACUUGACCCAAGAAUGGAAGGUCAAUACUCAUCAAAAACUGCUUUUAAAGUUGCUAAUUUGGCUUACCAAUGUCUAAGUCAAAACCCUAAAGGUAGACCGAUUAUGACUCAAGUGGUUGAGACACUUGAGUCGAUUCAGACACGUGAAGAAGAGGUUCUUUUUCAAGGUGGGAGUGUGACUUUGUUUGAAGCACAUGAUGUUAAGAAGAAGGAAAAUGAAGUGAAAGUGGAAGGUGAAGGUGAGGCUCCGAAGGAGACUAUGGUGUGAGAGGGGUUAUAUGUGUAUUUUGAUGGGAACUUUGUUGUACAAGAUGUAAUGGAUAGUUUUUUUUUGGGAAUUACUUUGAAUGUUUUUGAU